GAAAACGGUUUAAACGAACGAUUUUUUCAAACGACGGUUGCAAACGCGGACAAAAUUCGUCUAAAAAUUUAUAAAUUCGACAAAAAACUGCGAACAAAUAGUUUUUGAAAAUUAGCUCGACGUGAAAUUUCGGCUUUGAAGAAAUAUACAUAAAUAAAUAAAUAGACUAUAGAGAAGUACGGUCGGCGUUUGUAAGAAACAUCAACAAAACGUUAAUUGUUUGUUUUGGGAAAGAAUCGAGUUUCUGAUAUUUGAAUAUAUUUUAUUGUAUUUAUAUUACGGCGCGCCAAGUUGCGGUUUUCAAUUUGUGUGAGGGUUUCCAAAAACGUAUACGCGGCUUCAACGGAAGCUUGUUAAUCAAAGAAUUCAAUUUAACCGAAAUUAUUUGUACGAUCAGCGAAGAUAUCUGCACUCAUUUUCACCUGGUUGCGCGGGAGUGUGUGUGUGCGUGAGUUCUGUUAUAAAUAGCGAAAGAGCAGAGGAAAAAGCCGAUCGCGUUUUGGGCCAAUUUAAAAUGCCGAAAGAAAGUGCGGAGCGAGAUAAAUAAAAAAUAAAUAUAUUUGUUUGUGGGCCAAAAGAGAUAAAUUAGAACAACUCGUGAAUAAGUCGGGCGCCAGAAGGCCAAUAGGAAAAGAAAUCUAUAUAAAUCGCAAACACAGCCGAGCGGAAAUGUGCAAAUUGAUGGAAAAUUAAAAGAGGAAAAAAGUAGCAAAACAAAAAAAAAAAAAAACAAAAAAAUAAAAAGAAUUCCUGUUACAAGAAACCAGUUCCGAACUCCCCACCUACUUCUCUCUGACUGCAUCCGUUUUGAGCGAAAGUUUUUUUUUGCGCCCGCCCGUCGUCCACUGUGCGAAAUGUGUGCAAACAAGUUGGCCAGCUGUUUGCCCAGAAGAGGAAGAUAAAGUGGGGGGAUGGCCAAGAUGGGGAAAAAUCUAGCCAAUUAAUUGUGCCGUGAAAGUGUGCGCCAAGUCAAUGUCUAUAAUAAACACCAUUUUUUACAAUUUGCAGUCGUACUUUUUGCGCGUUUCGAAUCGAUUUGAUUGAAAGCAACUUUGCGAAAAGAAAAAAAAAAUACAUUUAAAACUAACAAAAACGGAAAGUCUCGCCUUGCAAUUGGACUUGAAUGGCUGACGGCCUUUUUUUGCGUCCGGAUUCGAGAGUUUACAACGAAAAGUUGCUGAGAAGCGAGCUUCGGCAAAUAUCAACAGCUGGGGAAAGCAAAUCAUAAGUAAACACAGAGGACAGGACGACCAGAGAACCGCACAGGACGAAGGAUAAACGUGGUAGUUGCCAUGAGAGCAGCCUCGGGUGUUGACCAGGAGUGAAAGGGUCCAGGGGAAGAAGACAAAAGGAGCAGCAACAGCAGCAACAUCUGCAACAGCAAUCGAAACAGCUGCAACAUCUACCGAGCAACGAGCAACAACGAGGGCAACAAUAAAAACCGCCAGAGCGAGCAGUUGCAAUCAAAUCAAAUUCAAAGAUGCAAAUUACAAUUUGCAUACAAAUGCAUGCGGACCAGACGAAACUGCAGCACAAAUAACAAAAGCCUCGCAAAUUGUUGUCAAAUGCCACAAAAUUGCACAGAAUUAUUCUAAAGCACACUUGCAAACAUAUCAUUGAGCGGGUGUAAGGUUCAAAUCCCCAAACCACCAUGAUCAAGGGCAUUUUGAUACAGCGCAAGAGCCAAGAGGAUGCCAGCUACGCCAAGCAGCUCAAGAUGGAGCACGCCGAUCUGGUGGCCGAGAUGCAGACGGUGGAGAGUCUGCCCACCCACGAGCGGCUCCAGCUGGCCAGAUUACGUCGUGCCCAGCAGCUGAAGCUGUCCCGGCAGAAGGACAAGGAGUGGGCCAAGUUGCAGCGGUCGAAAGGCAACACGGCGAGCGGUGGCAGCGGAACCGGAAGCGGGUCGCUGGGCAACGCGCUGAUGAACGGCAACGGGGAUACGACGCACCACUUCCGGCACGCCAACGGUUCGGGUACGCUGAGCGGCAGGCGGCACAUAUCCUUCGAGAACAGCGUGGUGCUCCUCGAGGCUGCCUCCCGGAACGACAUGCCCGAGGUGGCGGCCCUGCUGCAGCACGGAAUCACGCCGGAUGCGGCCAACGAGGACGGACUGACGGCGAUGCAUCAGGCGUGCAUUGACAACAACGUGGAGAUGCUGCAGCUACUGCUGGAGUACGGUGCGAAUGUGGAUGCGCAGGACAGUGAUAAGUGGACGCCGCUGCAUGCGGCUGCCACCUGCGGCCACCUCGAGCUGGUGCGCAUCCUCAUCCGGAACGGCGCCAAUCUGCUGGCCGUCAACACCGACGGCAACAUGCCCUACGACCUGUGCGACGAUGAGAACACGCUGGACUUCAUCGAGGGCGAGAUGGCGCAACGGGGCGUUACCCAGGAGCUGAUCGACGAGACGCGCUCCUCCACGGAGCGCAUAAUGCUGCGCGACCUCAUGGAACUGGUCCGCACCGGAGGGGAUUUGGAGGAGCCGGACUACCAGUGCGCCACACCCCUUCACAUAGCUGCUGCCAAUGGAUAUGUCCGUGUCGUUGAGUUUUUGUUGGAACAGCAUGUCAACGUGGAUGCCAUGGACAAGGAUCUGUGGACUCCGGUUCAUGCCGCCGCCUGCUGGGGACAUCUGGAGGUGCUGGAGAUGCUGGCCCAAUGUGGUGCUGACUUAAAUGUUCGCAACAAGGACGAUGAGACGCCCUCAGAUAUCUGUGAAGACCCCGAGAUCAGGGAGCGCAUCGAGCAGCUGAAGACGGAGCAGGAGAGCAAACGACUGGCCGAGGCGCAACGACGGCGCGUUCGACGCUCACAGAGCAACAACACAAGAGCCCAAUCAGUGCGACGUACUAGUUUGCGGGACAAAACGCUGACAACCAAAAAGGAUGCCGUCGAGGAGACGCGACUGCGUCUGCAGGCCCAGGAGGCGACGGAUUCGGAGGCUCCCUCCUCGGGCGGCGAUCCCCUGACCAAUGGCUAUGGUUACGGGAACAACAACGGCGAGAAGCGACCCUCGACGGGCAGUUCGAAUGGCCAGCUACUGCCGCACUCCAAGUCCGCCGAUGCGCUGGACAAUGCCAUGACGGCAUCCUCCGCCGCACUGGCGGCCACCGCCACACAUUCCUACCAGUCGCGUCGUCCUCCGGAUGGCCGGGAAAACGACGAGCUGCUCCGCCUGAAAGCCGCCGGCGCCGUCGGUGAGAUGCAGCGGGCCACCUCGGCGGCGGCCGUCAUCCUCACCGAGAAGGGAACGGCGGCCAGUGCCGAGGCCGUCCAGAUCCAAUCGUCCAAGGAGGCUGCCAACGGCAAGAUCAAUGUCCAGGUCACCGUCCUCGUGGACACCAAUGGCACGCACCAUCAGCAACAUCAACAGCAGCAGCAGCAGCAACAUCAGCAGCAGCAGCAACAUGUAUUGCUGUUGCAGCAACACCAGCAGCAUCAACAGCAGCAGCAGCAGCUUGUUGCAUUAGAUGGCUAUAGUGCCACAUUGGCUAAUUUGAAGAAGCAACGCUCGCUUUCACGCACCGCCAAUGUACUCAAUAACUUCGAAUUGUCAUCCCAAACAACUAGCAAUGCCCAUCAAAUUGCAGCUGCUACUGCAACUACAACUAAUGGUUCUGUUUUAGGAGCCGGCGGCAGCAGCACUGGCAGCAACAACAACAACAACAACCUUAGCACCAGCAACAACAACAACAAUGGAUCAGCACCGAUCUCGACGCAACCAAUGGGUCAUAUGGGUCACAUGGGUUCGGGCAGCAUACUAUCCGACUUCGAGGCAUCAUCGCCGGCGGGCAGUUCGCUGAACAAGUUCAGCGGAAUCACCGGGGAUGUGGUCACCGAUAGCACCAGUUCCAGUCGCAAAUGCUGCGUCCUGAUGUAGAAGCUAAAUAUAAUUUACUAACAACUAUUGUAGAAUAACAGGGUAUCAAAGCAACCACAUCUGUCAGAGGGAUAGACCAUUGUUUGAAUGGCAAUGAAAAAAGUGUCUUUUUUUAUAGAUUAACCGAAUUCAGUGAGUGAAUUGUUCAAUGUUAAAAACACAAAUGCUUGUUGGUUUAAGAAUGGGGUUCAAUUCUGUGAGCUCCCAGAACGGCUCAAAGUCGUUGCAUUUUCCUAGCAAACACUACACUACACUACACACACAAAACAGAUUAUACGAUACAAAUUUAUACAAAUAUACAACCAUAUGUAUACAUUUUAAAUAUUAUAAAAAAAAAAUACGUAUAGUAAAUGUGAGCAGUUUACCUUA